GCAACCAUGCAAAAUGGAGGCCAGGGGCUGGGGCAUAGUGCCCACUGCUCACAUCUCUCGUCUGUUUCCGGAGGUAUUAACAAUUAUUUUCAGCUAUCUUGACGUGAAAGACAAAGGAAGGGUUGCACAGGUUUGUACCGCAUGGCGUGAUGCAGCCUACAGUCGCAGGGUUUGGCGAGGAAUCGACGCAAAACUCCACCUCCGGCGAGCAAAUCCCUCUUUGUUUCCAAGUCUUGUGAAACGUGGUAUCAAACGAGUGCAGAUUUUAAGUUUGAGACGUAGCUUAUUGCGCGAUGUGAUCUGUGGUAUUCCAAACAUUGAAACCUUAAAUCUUAGUGGAUGUUUCACCUUAACGGAUAUUGGUCUCGGUCAUGCGUUUUCACAAGAUUUGCCCAGUAUUACAGAGUUAAAUCUAAGUCUAUGUAAACAACUUACAGACAGUAGCCUGGGGCGUAUCGCCCAAAGUUUGAAAAACUUGGAGCUGCUAGAGCUAGGUGGCUGUUGUAAUAUAACAAACACAGGUCUCCUUCUGAUAGCAUGGGGCCUGAGGAAGUUAAAAUCAUUAAAUCUAAGGAGCUGUCGACAUGUUUCAGAUGUUGGAAUAGGACACCUUGCUGGAUUGAGUCCGCAUGCAGCAUCUGGGACGCUAGAACUCGAACAUCUGGGACUACAAGACUGUCAAAAACUCACUGACCAAGCCUUGAGACAUGUCAGCUCUGGCUUGUUGAAUCUCAAGACUGUUAAUCUCAGUUUCUGUGCGAGUGUCACAGACUCUGGAUUGAAAUUUCUUGCCAAAAUGCCUAGUUUGAAGGAACUGAACCUGCGAAGCUGUGAUAAUGUUAGUGACACUGGUCUCGGGUAUCUGUCGGAAGGUGCAGCCAGGAUUGUAGCAUUAGACGUUAGUUUUUGUGACAAGAUUGGUGAUCAAGGCUUGGUGUUUCUUGCUCAAGGAUUUUACAGCCUGCGGAGACUGUGUCUUAGUGCCUGCAACAUAAGUGAUGAUGGCAUGGAUCGUCUAGUUAAUUCUCUGCAUGAUUUAACAACUUUGAAUAUUGGCCAGUGUGUAAGAAUCACCGACAGAAGUUUAGGUUUGGUGGCUGAUCACCUUAAAAAUCUUGAAUCUAUAGACUUAUAUGGUUGUACAAAAAUCACGACAGUAGGCCUUGAACGGAUCAUGCAGCUACGAACUCUAUCAACACUGAAUUUAGGCCUGUGGCAUAAAAAAUGAAGAAAAAGACUUAAGAAUUAUAUAUUAAAGAUAACAACUCCAUUGGUGCAUUAUAAAGAGCUAAUUUGUGAAUAUAUAUAUAUUUUUAUUUCUGUCAUAUAUAUACAAUCUGUCUUUAGCCAUGGUGACCAUGACAAAUGAAUCAUUGGUUCUAUGUGAUACAAAUCAUAUGAUCUAUUAUAUGUUAUGUGAGAAUUUUAGAAAUGACAUGUAUGCAUGCAUCCCCUAUAGAUCCAUUUCACAUCAUGUUUAGACAAACAAAUGUUUCAUUUAAUUUGCACUUGCUACCAGCUUUGUAGGUUCAUGGCAAGUUGAAUUCCCCUUUUUCAUACUUGAUUUUUAGGACCCUGCCAUGCGACAGAGAGAGGGAAUUCAUAUAUCACCAAGAAUUAGAUUAAUGGUACUGGUCCGUCUGUCCACAUAAAUAUGUCAUCAAUUAAGAAGUUUCAUCAUUCACUGGUUAAUAAAGAUAUUUGCUGCAUCAUGAUCAGUGGAAAAUAUAAAUGAUUUUUUUUAUAUAGGCUAUAACUUGUCAAUUUUUAGCUUCACCCCAUGUUAAACACAUAGGAGGUACAUUAUUUCCACUCAAAUACAUUGACCAUUUCAAUUUACAAAACGAUUUAUUUUAUUUUAUUUAAUGUAUAAUGAAAUAUACAUAUAUAUGAAACUUCAUUUAACCUUGCAAUUUUGAGUAUUACUGAGAAAUACGUAUACUAUUCCUUUAUGUUUAAUUUGGAAUAAUGUUUUGGCUAGCGCUACAAUGGUCACUAUCUCACGAUUAAUUAAAAUUAUGGAUGUGAAAAAACAAAUUAAGGUAUUUUAAAAAUUUAGUAAUCAAGUUGUUUCCCUGAAAUCUAGACAUACAUUUUUCACAUGAAUAAUUAUAACUUUAUAUAAAUAUUACUUUUAAAUGAAACCAUUUAAUGAAGUUUGCUGAUUUGCCAAACUUCAUUAAGCUUGAAAUGUGUUUGUGACUGUACAGCUGUCACAAGUGGAACUCGUGAACUUGAUUAGAAUUUUGAAGUUAAAAAAACAUUUAGAUGAAGUUAUCUUGUGAACUUGUGCCUUUUUUCUGUAAUUUUUUCUAUAAAAAUAAAAGUGAUGAAUAUAUAUAUUAGAUUUUUCAUAUGAAUUUACCUGGUAUAAUCUGAUCAUGAUCAGUUUUUAUCACAUAGAUACGUAUAUACCAUCAUUAUGGUCAAAGGGUUCAUAUGAUAUACUCCUUUGACCUUUAUCAAAUACAAUUAUUGAAGCAUUGUAGAAAAUCGAAAGAAUUUUAUACAUAAUAUAAAAUAUAUUCUUUAAAUUUGUCAUUUUACAUUAAAAAAAUUUCAACAAUUUUUAUUGCUCUAGAUCUUCCAACAUGCAGAAGAUAUUUAAUUAUGUCAAAUAUAUCUAUAUUGCUUUGAGGUCAUUUGUUUAUAGCAUAUUUCAUACUAAAUCAUGAAAUAUGCACAGCAUAUUAUUAAAUAUCAUAGAUAAUAAGUUUUGAAUCAUUUUGUGAAAUGGGUCUGUCGGUGGACUUGUGAACAAUGUUAAUUUAUACAUCAUUGAGUUAUGUACUGAUAUAUAGCUAGGAUCUGUGAAAUUGUUUCUACAUAAUUCAUAUAGCCAUCAUUAUCAACAUAUGAAAUAAGCCUAGCCACAUACAUCUGUUGCUGUUUGGUAAUAGUGAAAAAAAAUAUAUUCAUAACAAUUGUAAUUCAGUGAUCACCAUAUAAUGUCUAUGUACCAAGUUACAAGUUUAUGUGGUGACUGUCUGGUGUCAUGGACUCAUUGCAGGAUAUAAUACCGUUAAAGUGAUGUUAUGUAACAAACAAAAGUACAUGUACACUAUGUUUUAUAAUUCAUUAAAGUUCACAUACAAAUUGAAAAUUCAUGAUUCAAAAAUAUGUCAUGAAAUUUAACUUUCAAAUACUAUAUGUAGUAGCAAGCAAACUUUUGUGAUCAAAUUCUUGACCAGUUUGCAAUUGUGUGCUGCUUAAUAACAUGGCAUAUUCUCAGCACAUGUACAAUAUCUAAAUUUUGAGCAUAUUAUAAUAAGGUAAAAUAUAUCGUUUGAGUUCAAUAAUAUUUGGAUUCAUUAAGUCUACUUAAAUUAUGCAUAUGUAUAAGUAUGACACGAAGAUUAUGGAAUUAAUUCAAUACCUUAACUAAAAUUGCAGUUUUAUGACCAUUAUUUCACAAAUUGUUUUUAAAACGGUUGUCAAUAAAUUAAACAUCAGGUUAUUUGCCUGAUCAUAAACCACUGACCAUGUUGUACAAAUGUAAAUUAGGCCUGUUAAUGGGUGUUUGUGGUGCAAAGACUGCCAUUUUCAGUUUUUCAUAAUGUUUUGAACUUGAAAAAAAUAUUUUCAAACUUGUGUUAAAUUUACUAUAUUAUUAACUGAAAUAUUUGACUUUUAUACAUGUACAAGAGUUAGAAAAUGAUUUGUGAUUAUAAGUUUACCAGUACUGCCAACAUUAUCAGCACCCCUUGGCCACAGCUUUAGUUCAAAUAUUUUCUAUUUAUUUGUCAAAUAUUAAAUGUCACCACAUUAUAUGGUGAAAUUGUCAUUUAAACAUGAAUGUUUAUAAAGAAUGUUCAGUUAUAGGGUUCAAUAUGGUAUAAAUGUCAUUUUAUUCAUGAACAAGCUAUAUAUACAUCUAUAUAUGUAUAUGCUGGUACUGGUGUAGAGGAACAAAUGCAACUACCAAACCAGGACUCGAACCCGGGACCUUUAAACUAGACAUAUAUAUGUGCUCUAAUCAGUAUUAAUCAGCCCAGUCCAGUUCUGCUGUAUCGUCAGUCAUUAAAUUUUCAUAUAGCUGAUACGGAUAACACAUUUUGAUGACCAAGUUCUGUGAACACUAUAUUUUUUCUUACCAUUAUAUCCGUGUAUCAAAGUUACUACUAGAUAUAGAUUCCAUUGAUUUUGUGUGCGGUAUAUGCUAUGCUUAUGUACUAAACAUAGUGACACAUCUUCCAUCAGUAUAGGUUAAGUCGGGAUAUUUAUCAUGCCAAAAUUCUCAAGAUUUUUACCUGGUAAUUAGUGAACUCUAAUAUCACAAUUAGUCAACAUAUAAUUAAGCUAUAUAUGUAUGUAACUUUAAACUUAUAAAUAUAUAUAGGUAUAAAAUAUAUAAAAGGUAGCCUGGGUGCUGAUGAUGUUGGCUAGUUAUAGGGUAUAUUAUAUAUAUAUAUAUAUGUACAUUUUACAGAAGUAUUUUGAUGUUUCCAUAUUUGACAAUUGAUACAUUUCUCCACAUUCUACAUGCCUGUAUUUUGUAAAAACAAACAGAUUUAUAUAAAAACUGCCAAAACAAUU